UCUCUCAGUGGUAGACGUCCCGUCUGACUGGUCACUGUGAACCUCUUACAAGACAAACCUAACUCUCCAUAUAUCAGUGCCUAGCCUUGCUAAAGACUCGUCAAUACAAUUGUUCGUAUAAUGAUACUAUAGACAAUUAUUCCUUGUAAAUGUUGAUACCAACACUGAACAAAAGUUUCAGUCAAGAUGCAACUCACAAUGGUGACUUCUGGCGGUAGAGGGUUGAGAGGUUGUGUGGCGGGGUGUUCAAGAUUGGGAACACCCAGACGGUGCUACAGGGUGGGGAGUGCGGCCUCCUGCACCCUGCCAGGCUCGCAGCAGGCGGGGGCGAGGGAAGGCGGGUCUCCCCCUCGCCACCAAGAUGUGCGGCCCUUUGAGGACAUUCCCGGACCCGUCUCCCUGCCAGUGGUGGGGACUUUAUACCACUAUUUGCCAUUUGUCGGUCAGUAUUCCUUCAAGCGCCUGCACCACACUGGCCUUCGGAAGCUGCAGCAAUUCGGGCCCCUGGUGCGGGAGCGACUGGUGGCCGGUGUGACCCUCCUCCUGCUCUUUGACCCGCGAGACAUCGAAGUCAUGUACGCCACCGAGGGCCGCUACCCCAUGAGACGGUCGCACCUCGCACUGGAGAAGUACCGGCUCGACCGUCCACACAUGUACAAUACUGGGGGAUUGUUGCCCACGAAUGGUGAGAAGUGGUGGUUGAUCCGGCGUCGGGCCCAGGUGGUGUUGAGCCGCGUGCAGAGUGUGGCUCGCCGCCUGCCUCAGGUCAACACGGUGUCGUGUGACUUUGUGGAUCUUCUUGAUAAUAUUCGCUGCCCCAAAACUGGCCAUAUAUCGAAUUUUCUGGAGGUUGAGCGUCGACUCUUUCUUGAAUUGACCAUGGUGGCUGCUCUUGAUGUACGCCUGGGAGCUAUCAACAGGUCAUCCUUACACAGCAUCAAUCAGGAAGCCAAGGAUCUGAUGCACGCAGCCCACAUCUCCAAUUCCAGCAUCAUCGGCACUGACAAUGGUCUCCAGCUGUGGCGGUACUUCAACACACCACUCUAUAGACAACUGGUUCAGGGACAGGAUACCAUAUACAGAAUUGCAAUAAAAUAUAUUGAAGCUAAGGAAAAGGAACUGAAGGGGCAUCCAGCCAAGAGUGAGAAGACCAGCAGUAAGGAGGCCCAGGAGCCCCUCUCUGUGCUUGAAUAUUUUCUCUUGGAAAGUGGUCUGGAUAAAAAGGACAUUGUAGGCAUCAUCUGUGAUACCUUACUGGCUGGGAUCGAUACAGCUGCUUUCACUCUAUCGUAUGUGUUGCACAACCUGGCCACAAACCCGGACAAACAGGAGCUGCUGGCAACUGAGGCUAGGACACUGCUUGCUGGGUCUGGUGGUGAGGUUACAGUACGAGUGCUGGCAGAAGCACGGUACCUGAAGGCUGUUUUGAAGGAAACUUAUAGGCUUCGGCCGGUGUCCAUUGGUGUGGGACGGAUAACCCAAGAUGAUGUUAUCAUUAGAGGAUACAGAAUUCCAAAAAAUACAGUGAUUGUGACACAAAACCAAGUUUCUUGUCGGCUACCAGAGUAUUUUCCUGAACCAGACAAAUUUCUGCCUGAACGCUGGUUGGAAAAAGAAAAUGUAAAUCCCUUCCUUGUGCUACCUUUUGGUCAUGGUCCACGAGCAUGUAUUGGUAGAAGAAUGGCAGAGCAGAAUCUCUAUACAGUAGUCUUACAGUUGAUGGCGCAGUAUAAGAUUGGAUGGAUGGGAGGAGAACUAGACUGCUACUCCAAUCUUAUAAAUGAGCCGGACUCUCCACUUGAUUUUACAUUUAUAUCCCGGACCUAAGCUCCUGAUGUCAACGCCAUUUCUGUAAUGUUCCUUCAUGACAGCCAACUCCCAAGUUUAAGUUGGUUUGUCAUACAGUACAGCAUGUAUGUUACACGUGGAUUUCUUUUGCUCAAGGUAAACACCACAGCCACUCCUCUUGUUCCUUGCAGAUACCUUGUGUAUCUGAUACCUGGGUCUGGCAUUUUAUAUUUUAAUGUUUAUCCUUUUCUUUUAAACUGUAAACUUGAAUCUUAUGAAGGGUUAGUUACCUUUUUUUCUUAUUUUUAAGAAUAGAUCAGUGCAAAAGUAACAAGUUACUUAUUUCAAUAUACAGUAUAUAAAUGAUUAGUAUAAAGGAAAUAAAAACUAUUAAUAUUUCAUGUUUUAAGCUUCAUAUCAGUUCAGCUAUAUAAUACAUAUCAGUUCACUUGAGGCCCAUGUGCACUAAAUACACAUACUUUUAACCUACUUUGUACAUAAUAAAAUGUGGAAGACAACCAUCUCGGUACAAAAUAUACAGUAUACACAUUUCCGAUUUUAUACAAGCACACUUAAGAAUUAAAAGGUUCCUAUAUGCCUGGUGUUCUAAAUAUACAAAUUAUUGGAUAAUCAUUAAAACCAAUGUGGAGUGGUUAGGUAAUAUAAAUACAACAAAUGUAAAAGGUUUGUGUUCAUCACAAGAACAUUUUCAGUGUCCUUACAAUAAAUAGUACUGCACUU